AUGGCGGAACAACGUGAAAGAACUUUCCUCAUGGUUAAGCCUGAUGGCGUUCAACGUGGACUCGUUGGCAAUAUCAUCGAGCGUUUUGAGAAGAAAGGUUUCAAAUUGGUCGGCCUUAAAUUCGUCUGGCCCUCCGAAGAAUUGCUGCAGAAGCACUACAGUGAUCUAUCGUCGAAGCCAUUCUUCCCCGGUUUGGUGAAAUACAUGAGCUCUGGGCCAGUAGUACCAAUGGUAUGGGAAGGACUCAAUGUGGUUAAGACCGGCCGUCAAAUGCUUGGUGCUACAAAUCCCGCCGACUCCCAACCUGGCACAAUUCGUGGCGAUCUCUGCAUUCAAGUUGGCCGCAACAUAAUUCAUGGUUCCGACAGUGUUGAAUCUGCUCAAAAAGAAAUUGCAUUGUGGUUUUCCGAGAAAGAGGUUGUCGGUUGGGCAUCAGCUGCCGAAAACUGGAUUUACGAGUAA